AUGGCAUCGCAAAUCGAAGACACCCACGAGGGUCUUACGACUCUUGCAUCCAGGCUCCAAGGACUCGUUUCUAGACUAGGUAACGAUGGAGACCACGAGGCAAAGAGCGAAUGUCUACACUUGGCCAAGGCACUCACGGCCCAGUUGGAGCCACCAGAGCACACAGCCAUCGAUAUGGCAUUUUCACCUCUAAUUGCGACCAGCGUCCGUAUUGCUAGCGACCUGAACUUGUUUGAGCAUAUCGUCCGUGGCGGGCCUGUUACGUCUGCUAGGCUAGCCGCGCUGUCUGGCGCCGAGGAGCUGUUUAUAAUACGGAUUCUGCGAGUUGCAUCGUCAGUACACUUCGUCGAAGAAACAGCUGUGAACACCUGGAAGGCCACGCGCGUCACCGAAGUCAUGGCAAGAAAAGGGAUAGCAGCCGGUCAUAGAGUGGUCUCGCAGGUAAUCGCCAAAGCCAUGCAAAGCGCCCCGGACUUCUUCCGCCAAAGGGGCCAAUAUGCUUUCCCUACCGAUCCCAAGGAUGGUCUGGUUCAAUUUGCCUUUAACACUGAGCAGACGACCUUUGAUUAUAUUGGGUCUGAUCCGUCUAUGCUUGCGGACUUCAAUAUUACCAUGGAGGCUGCAGCGGGUAAGCGCAUGAAGUGGACGGAGUGGUACCCCGUGCAGAGUCGGGUCCUUGACGGGGCAUUGGAAGGUACAGUGCUGAUGGUGGAUGUUGGUGGAGGGGAUGGUCAUGAUAUACUAGACUUCAAUAGCAAGUUUCCCAAUUCUGGUCGACUUGUUCUGGAGGACUUGGGGGUAGUCACGGAGGGGAUUAGAGAGUUUGACAAAUCGAUAGAGAAGAUUUCAUACGACUUCUUCACAGAGCAACCUGUCAAAGGGGCGAGGGUGUACUUCUACCACCACAUUUUCCACGACUGGUCUGACGAUUAUUGUCAUAAGAUUCUUCAGAGAGUGGCCGCGGCAAUGACUCCAGGAUAUUCGAAGCUUCUGAUUAACGAAAUGCUUGUGCCUGAGCAAGGAGCGACGAAGUACCAGGCACAGUCUGACAUUGCAAUGAUGGCUUUCGGCGGCGGGAUGGAACGUACCAAGUCGCAGUGGCGCACGCUUCUUGGGACCGCCGGAUUUCAGAUAGUUGAGUUCUGGGAGCCAGCUGAUGAAGGAGAUGGGAUUAUCGAAGCUGUAUACUGA